AAUUCUGUCUGUCUUUCUGCUGUUGCACUAUACAAGCAGAUCUGUAUUUCCUUGGUUUCACACGCUGUAUUCCGAUUGACCUUGUCAGGUCAUCGCCUGGGUGGAAAUGUCAUCAAUGAGUUUGACACACAUGAUGUUUUGGAAUGUUGUCUACACUGUCUCAAAAAAUCAUCUGUGUGCAAAUCAGUCAAUUUUAAACGAAAUUCAAAAAAUUGUCAACUCAACAACGCCACGAAAAAUACGCAUUCUCACGAAUUAAUGUCCGAUGAAGACUACGAUUAUUAUGAACCGCUGAAAGAGUUGCAGAGAACAAUAAAACGAGAUUCUACGUUAAAUAACGAAUCUUGUGAUACUUUGUACAAAUCAGGCAAGGUAACCACUGGCACUUAUACAAUCAACCCGGAUGGUUUGGGAGAUUUUGAUGUUCGCUGUGAUAUGACAACCAGCCCAGGAAGAGGCUGGACCAUUUUCCAGCGACGUGUUGAUGGAUCAGUCGACUUCCACAGAAAUUGGUCUGAUUACAAAGUUGGUUUUGGCAAUUUGACUGGUGAAUACUGGUUAGGUCUUGACAAGAUCCAUCGUCUGACAGCUAGCGGGCAGAAUACAUUGAGAGUUGAUCUCGAAACAUUUGAAAAUGAGACAGCGUACGCAGUUUAUGAAUCGUUUACUGUGGCGAACGAAAGUCACGGUUAUCGCCUAAAAUUGGAUAAUACUUCAUUCACAGGUACUGCCGGAGAUUCUCUCGAAGGAAACAGUGGGAUGAAGUUCACCACUCAAGAUGUUCACAAUGACUUUUUGCCGAAAAACUGUGCUAAAGAGUGGAGUGGUGCUUGGUGGUUUCGUAGGUGCGGUGCUUCAAACCUGAAUGGGAAAUAUUCAAAGGCUCCGGAAGACGAGUUGGCUAUUGGUAUCCGUUGGAGGAGAUUUAAAGAUAAUUUUUCUUUUAAAGUUGCUGAAAUGAAAGUCGGACCUGGUGAUGUCUAAAAUAAGGGUCAUAA